GGACUGGGCGCCAAGACCACCUUCCUGGGUGCUCCAGCCUUUUUGGUGUUCCUGUGUGAGUGUAAACCAGGGCAGACCACUCACUGCUUGUUGGGGCCCAGAGGCUGCGUGGCCCUGGAACACGGCCCUCUGCAGAGCCCGGUGUGGGUUGGAGCCGCUCUUCUGCCCCCUCUGCCCUCCCCCUCCCGGCUCUGGCCAUACCUUGCAGCCCAUCCACAGCUGGGACUGGGGCCAUGGUGUCCAGGUGGGCCCCCCUUUGUGACCUGGCCCCCCGCUGCCUCUGGCUCCUGGGGGUUGUACUCCUGCUGGAGGUGUCUGCACGCCCCGCCAACCACUCGUCUGCCCGGGAGAGAGCAGCCAGCAGGGAAGAGAGAGAGAUCCUGCCCCCAGACCACCUGCACGGGGUGAAGCUGGAGCAGGACGGGCACCUCAACAAGGACUUCCACCAGGAGGUCUUCCUGGGCAAGGACAUGGACGGCUUCGAUGAGGAUGCAGAGCCACGGCGGAGCCGGCGGAAGCUCAUGGUUAUCUUCUCCAAGGUGGAUGUGAACACUGACCGGAAGAUCAGUGCCAAGGAGAUGCAGCGCUGGAUCAUGGAGAAGACGGCAGAGCACUUCCAGGAGGCUGUCCAGGAGAACAGGGUGCACUUCCGAGCUGUGGACCCCGACGGCGAUGGCCACGUGUCGUGGGACGAGUACAAAGCCAAGUUCCUGGCCAGCAAAGGCCACAGUGAGAAGGAGGUUGCCGAGGCCAUCAGGAACCACCAGGAGCUCAAGGUCGACGAGGAGACACAGGAAGUCCUUGAGAACCUCAAAGACCGGUGGUACCAGGCAGACAACCCCCCCGCAGACCUGCUGCUGACUGAGGGCGAGUUCCUGUCGUUCCUGCACCCCGAACACAGCCGGGGCAUGCUCAAGUUCAUGGUGAAAGAGAUCGUCCGUGACCUGGACCAAGACGGCGACAAGCAGCUGUCACUGCCUGAGUUCAUCUCUCUGCCCGUGGGCACUGUCGAGAACCAGCAGGGCCAGGACAUCGAUGACAACUGGGUGAAAGACAGAAAGAAGGAGUUUGAGGAGCUGAUCGACUCCAACCACGAUGGGAUCGUGACCAUGGAGGAGCUGGAGAACUACAUGGACCCCAUGAAUGAGUACAGUGCGCUCAACGAGGCCAAGCAGAUGAUCGCCAUCGCCGACGAGAACCAGAACCAGCACCUGGAGCCUGAGGAAAUCCUCAAGUACAGCGAGUUCUUCACGGGCAGCAAGCUGGUGGACUAUGCCCGCAGUGUGCACGAGGAGUUCUGAGGCGGCGGCCACUGACGGCGCCCUCUUGGCACCCGGGCCCGGCCCGGCUGGGCUGUGUCGCGGGCCGGGGCCUCUGUCCUCCGGGACCACAAAGUCCCUGCCUGGACUUCUGAGAACCGGACUUGCGUGCAUGGCCCCGCCGGUGCUGUGGGAACGGACGCCACUCCUGCUGCUUCUCGCAAACAGAAAGACUGAGGCAGCUUGCCUGUGUUUCGCUGGAAGUGAGUGGCAGGAAGCCGGGGGCGCCUGCCCUCACGGCGGGGCUGGCCCGCAGCUGCUGCCUGAGGAAGCACCAGUGUUUGUUGUGACAAGAAUCACAUUAAUCUGUGUUAAAAUAUAGUUGCCUUUUUCUCUCA